CGACUGGCCGGCCCACCUGUGUGGGCCUCUGCCCUCCCCUUCGUAGGCAGGCCGCUGCCCCUCACCCCAGAAGGAAGGCCAAUGGGAGGCUCAAGAGGGCAGGAUGCCGCACAAGAUUGGUUUUAUCGUUAUAAGUUCAACAGGACAUGAGGAUGGCUUCAGCGCAAAAGAACUGAUGGUCCACGCGCCAACCGUCAAUGGAUGGAGGUCACCAAGGCUCUGCCAGUAUCCCCAAGAAAUCAUCCUUCAGAUGGUGGAGCGAUGCAGAAUUCGAAAACUGCAGCUGCUGGCUCACCAGUACAUGAUUUCCAGCAAAAUUGAGUUCUAUAUCAGCGAGAACCUACCUGAGUACUUCGCGCCAUACAAAUCGGAGAGGUUCAGAAGACUUGGUUACGUCUCUCUCUCGGAUAAUGAGAAGACGAGCUUCAAAGCCCGAGAACUGAAAUCCGUCUAUGUGGACGCAGUUGGCCAGUACCUUAAGUUGACUUUUCACAAAAACUAUGUCAAUAGGUACAACUUGUACAGCCAGGUGGCUCUAGUAGCAAUAAAUAUCAUUGGCGAAGCAGCAGACCAUGGCAGUGACUUCAGCCAUACUUCAAGAGAGAAACUGAUUGACCAUUACCUUGGGAACAACCUGGAUGACUCAGCUGUAGAAGGAACGUACAUGGGGAAGUCCGAUUCCAUUUCGCCGCUGGACGAUCUGGCUUUCGACAUGUACCAAGAUCCAGAGGUGGCACAGAUAAUCCGUAAGCUGGAUGAGAAAAAAUAUGAAGCUGUGCGGCACGAACAUUACGAUCACGCCAAGAAACUCAAGCAAGCCAUUGCAGACCUGCAAAAGGUCGGUGAGCGGCUGGGCCGCUAUGAGGUGGAGAAGCGCUGUGCUGUCGAAAGGGAGGACUACGAUCUCGCCAAGCAGAAAAAGCAACAGAUGGAGGAGUACCGCUUGAGAGUUUACCAGCAGCUGGAACUGCAUAAUCUCCUCGAUCCAGAUCUGAUGAUCCGAAGGCCUCCUGACUACCCCCUGGAGCCUCUGGCUUAUCCUGCCAACUCUCCUCAGCAAAAGAAGUCCGUGCUUUCUCCUCAGCGGGAUAAGACAGAAGCAGACCACCCAGAGCCUUUGCCUCCUGAAAAGCCACCGGAAGCUGUUUCUCCUGAGUCCCUGACUCAGCAGUCUUUCUCCUCUCCCAUAACCCAGGGACUCAUCUCGCCUGAGGCUUUUCCAAAGAUAAGCGUCGAGUUCCUACCUUAUGAUGAGAGGCCUCUUCCAGCCAUUCGUAAGCAGCAGGAGGAAGGAUACGCCUGCUUCGAACCUGAGAUGAAUGAGGAGGAUCCUGGUGACACACCAAGAAGCGGCAUCACCGGCGAGCCGGAGCCAUUGACAGAGAAAGCACUGAGGGAGGCCAGCCCAGCCAUUGAAGUGUUUGGGGAAGCCUUGGUUGCUGGGGCCUAUUCCAAAACAUGGUCCUACCGCGAAGACUCGUUGCUCGCCAUCUACAAGAAGAUGAUGGAGAUGCCCACCAGUACGCCAAAGGACGAUCUAAAGAACUUGCUCAGGGGUGCCAUCUUCCUCGUAGCAAGAGCCAUAAAAGACAUAGUCUCCUCAGUUUUUCAGACUUCCUUGAAGCUUUUGAAAAUGAUCAUCACCCAGUACAUUCCCAAGCAUAAACUCGGGAAGCAGGAGACGGCUCACUGUGUGGAGAGGUCCCUCCCCAAUCUCCUUUCCAGGACUGGGGACUCCUCUGCACGUCUUCGUGUUGCUGCUGCCAACUUCAUCCAGGAAAUGGCCCUCUGUAUUGAAGUGAAGCCUCUUCAGAUUAUCCCCGCUCAUUUGGUGCAGCCGUUGAAGUCCAAUUCCUCUACACAUCUGGCGAUGAGCCAAGUGGACUUAGUGGAACGCUUACUGAGAGAUCUCGGAACGGAUAACACCGGCUUUACUGUCGAUAAUGUCAUGAGGUUUGCAACAGCGACUUUGGAGCACCGGGUGUACGAAGUCCGAGAAACAGCCCUCCGGAUCAUCUUAGAUAUGUAUCGGAAGCACCAAGCCAUCGUCUUGGAUUACCUUCCUCCUGACGAUGCCAACACUCGCAAGAACGUUCUCUACAAGACACUCUUUGAUGGAUUUGCUAAAAUAGACGGCAGGCUCACAGAAGGUGAAGUAAAGGCCCAGAAAAAGAUGGCUAUUGAAGAAUCUGAGAAACAAAAGAAAGAUGAAAUCAAAGCUCUGCAAGGUCAGCUGACAGCACUGAAGGAGAUGCAAAACGACACCUCAAAGGAAAAAGAAAAUGAUUUACAGAAGUCCAAGAAUCAAGGAGAACUCACCAAAAAAGCCCCCUUGCCUGCAACAACAGAGAUCCCUGAUGAUCAUUCUUCAGUUGCAAAUUACCUUGACAACCUCUGUAUUUUCUGCGGUGAAAGAGACGAAUCGUUCACAGAGGAAGGUCUGGAUCUCCACUACUGGAAACACUGCCCCAUGUUAACAAGAUGCGAUCACUGCAAGCAGGUUGUAGAGAUUGCCAGCUUGACUGAGCACUUGAUCACCGAGUGUGACAAGAAGGACAACUUCGGCAAGUGUUCCCGCUGCAGCGAAGCCCUGCCUAAGGACGAGCUGCCCAGACACGUCAAGGGGAAAGCAUGCAACCCUGCCAAACCUGAGAAAGUGGCCAAUCACUGUCCAUUGUGCCAUGAAAAUUUCACUCCUGGAGAGGAGGCCUGGAAGGUGCAUCUGAUGGGCAAAGACGGCUGCCGCAUGAACCUGAGACGGGUGCCCUCCUUGAAUAAGAGCUUGCCAUCACAGUCAGUUGCCGGCAGGCCUGCGGGACCAGUGCUGAACAGUUCAGGGCCAGCUGGAACAAAGCUCCGCUCCCCUUUGGUUGGAAGCAAGAUCCCCACCCCACGAGGAGGCUUGAAUAAAAGCACUGGCAGAACGUAUGCAAAGCGAUGACGUGAAUCUCUUCUUUCCUCUACCUGGCUCUGAAAUUCUACUUGGCAAGUGAUGGCAACUCCUUCACCUCGUUCUUAACCAGUCAGCUCUCUCUCUAUUUAUGAUUUUUUUGGCUAUGAUUGGCUGGUCCUCUCUGCCCCAGGGAUUGCAUCCACCCAUGCUGCUGUUCACAUAUGGGAGGCUGUGCAUUGAAAACUCUGUGCCGUUCCAGGAGCGUCAUGCCUGCAGGGCCACUAUUGCCCAAUGCCAGCUGCUCCCCCUGGUUUUCAAGGUACCCAGUAACUUCCCAUCCUUCUUGCAGGCCAAAGCAGGGAAGUGGAAGCAGGCCUUUGUCUUUCUCAAGCCUCAGGUUCAUUUUCUCUUAAGCUGAAGGCCCGUUUGCAAAAACAGUGUUCUAUCUGGGCUGCCAUGUUUCGGUGGCGUUUAUCACAGUCUUCUUAUCCUAAUUCUAACAGUUUUCCCAUGACACUCUGAUUUGUAAUUGCGAUGCAUUCCCAAGGCAGAGACCUUCCCCUAGGGUGAUCUGCCAGGUGCUGCUGUUUGGUCUCCCUCCCCCUCUCCUCUCUUUAAUGGCACCUGUAAAUCGUCACCUGACACAGGUGCCCUGGUGGCAGGGCCAGCUUUCUUCCCUGUUUAAACUAGACAUGCCAGAUGCACGUGUGGAUCUAAACACCACAAGCUAGACAAUCAGGGCUGUUGCUCGUGGACUGCAUCUCCACACCCUCUCAUGUUUCCUUUCUCUUGUCUUGUCAUGCCAUUGGCCCCUCCCAGGAUCAGUCAGAGACAUAACAACUAAACAUUUUUGAAGUUUCAGUUAAGAUCAGCCUCUGAACUCAACACUGGAGCAUUCACGUGGUGCAGAUUUUGGCUGGGCUGUGUCAUUUCAGCUUUUGGGGAGGGGUGCUCGGGUUUGAAUCUUUGAGUACAAAAGUAGCAUGCGUAGCAUUUUCCUUUGCCUUAGGAUCGACAAAAAAAUGGGAUUUUUUUUAAUUGGGGAGGGGUUCAAACACUUAACCCCCCACCACCGCCACCUGUAGAGUGAACUGGCACAGUCCCACAAAAGCUACACCUGGAACCAUGUCUGCUCAUAGAGGAGCAAAUAAGCAUCCCAGCCCACAGAGCACAAGAGGCAAUCGAUUCCAGUCCACAGUUCACAAUAGACAACGAAUCAAUUUAUUCAGCACAUUGGCUUUUAGACACACGUCAGAGAAUCGAACAUUUAAAACGUGAUGCGCAAGAGACAAUCCUGUUGCCCCAACAAUAUAGUAGGGAAGCAGAGAAGGGAGCUGAGACUGUCUCAUGCACUUCUCACGGUUCUGUUUAAAAUGGAACCGGCCGGCGCUGCAGCAUUGACAAGGCCAGGUUUUUUUAAAAAGCAGACUUCUGGUUCCAAAGGGGAUAUCCCAGCCUCUCUAGGGCUUCCUCUCACGCCAGCGCAUGUCGCUCAGUGGUUUCAGCAUGGAUACUUUGGACUAUAAAAAAGCAUCUGUGCCAGCCACCUCAGUGCAGCUUGUUCGCCAUUAAGGAGCAUUUCAGCUGUCGUAGUAGUAGUGAAGUAGAAAAGCGGCUACCAAAUGUUUUAAAUUAAAUACAAAUAAAUAAAGGAGCAUGCAGAGCAUGUUCUGGUCUCCUCUCUGUUCACGCAGGGCAACGAUGCUGCUCAGUGGGCCACAGGAACUGAGCCCUAAAGCUCACCCCGUAGUCCUUGGUUAUACACAGAUGUUCCUUGGCAAACAAGUCUGUGUGGAAAGGGUCGCUUGAGUGCAGAAAUCUAAUGAAAUUGUGCAUUUAAUUACUGGGGAAACCUGAACCAGCAGAGGAUGCUAAUCACAUUGUGAAAAGGCAGUCGUCGUCGUCCUUCCGUCUUCCUUCCCCCACCUUUGAAAGGAUGAGCCAAUUGACAGCUUUGAUAAAAGCUCUUUUGUGGUUUGUUGUGUAGUUGUGGAGGAAAACCAAAGUGCUGCACCGGUGGAAAACUGGAAGGGACUGAAGGAGAGGCACUGAAGAGAGAUGUAAUAAAUAUUUCAAGUAAUGUUUUUUUAAAUAUUCACAUUGAGGAGUAAAAUAUCUAUUUACUAAAUUUAUUACUAAUUAUUACACCUCUCUUAAUAGCUCCGAUAACUUUUUGCUUAUUUCCCCUUUGUUUUCAGUCUUACAGGAUGUGUCAGAGCUGCAGUUGUAAUCAGUAGGCUUUUGAAUUACACAGAAUGCUUCAGCAUACCAAACAGAGUGCUGCUGGAGAGCACGACUGCUUAGUACAGUGUUUACCAUGCUUUCAGAAUAUAGACAGUAGGGUUUGGUGCUCCCCCCCCCUUGGAAUAAAAUGAGUGGCAAGUUCCCUGGCUCCCUUUUGCACAAUUGGGGUCAUGGUUGGGGCCUUGCUUUCUAGGCAGUGGUGAUGCUGCUGUCGUUCCCCUGGGGCUGUAGCGUAGACUGUGUCAGAGCAUCCCAGGGCACCCUUACCUUGGGGAUGAUCUUGCUGAGAAGGAAAUCCAUGCUCCGUUGAGCCUUCUCCACCCAAGGGACCAAUAGCUGGAUGCAUCUAAAAGAGAAGCUUAAUGUUCAAGGCUUUUCCACACAGGUUAUCUGCCCUAGGUCAGUGGUGUUGAGGAGUGGGAUUUUUCCCCUCUCCACUUCCCAACAGCAUCAUGGUACAUUUGUGCACCUCUCAGGUUUUUCUCCAAUCUUUCCUCAACCUGUUUUGCUGCAACAUUUUAGAAAAGAUCAAAGCAAAGCUGGGAUGGCUCCUGUGUGGGCCCGAAAGUCCAGAAUGGCCACCACAGGGACAGGGAAAAUGCAGGGAAUCAAGCCAUCUGGAAAGCCUGUUGCUGAUGCAUUGCAUCAGCAGAAAAACAUGCUGUGUAAAAAAAGCCCCUUUUAGCAGUUUGGUAAUAAUACGUUCCUCAACACAUGUUCGUCAUCAGGGACUAUUAAAGGCAAUUGUCGGAACCAUCCAAGAUUUGUUAGGCUUCCUAUCUUUAGUGUUACACAGUGUCAUAAAUAUUCUUGGGAAUGGUUUUUGCAGCCCAGUCCUAAACAUGGGUGCUACUACGAAACAGCCUUUUUCUUCCAGUAUUGAUGCCGUUUGAGCACUCAUUUGUUUUUGAGAAUCCAGACUAUGGGGUACUUCCACGUUAGUUUGAACAGAGAAUCCAAAUGACGUCCUUGGCAGCCUAGUGCCCUCCAGUGUUUCCCCCUAUUGUCGUCUCACCCUUUUAAAAUUUCUCCCUUUUCUGCUUCUCACGUGAUUAAUUCCUGUCCUCUCCACAGUUUUUAUGAAUUAUAAAUGUGGGAGAGGCAGAAAAAUUAAAUGCUGCUUUCCACGUUGCAGAGAAAGUCUACUUUUAUGAUGAUUUUUGUUAAAAAAGAAUAAAAUCAAACACUCAACAAUGAGAGCAGUUUUGCCUUCAGAAUGAACAGCGCUGUGUUUUCCGUCGCAAACCAUUGAUUCACAGCGGUCGUGGCUGACCACAGAGAGAAUGAGAAACAAUUAUUAAUAUCUGUAAAACAACCGUGAAUGAAAAUUGCUCAGAGAGGCUUGCUAAAUUGGGCUCAUCUCCAAGCAGAAAUAGUAGGAUAUUGUUGAUGGGGACAGACUUCUGUGGGGACUACAGCACUGUAUUAAGAGUCUUGUGAGAUCCCAGUUUCAUGGCCCCUCUCAUGAAACACUCCAAUGUUUCCCCAAACUGUUACUUUCCCUAGGUAGAUUUUUCCUAGAUCAUUUUCUGGUGUUUUUUUAAAGCUCUGAUUUCUAUCAAUUUCUAGUUCCUUCCGCAGUUGUACUAGAACCCUUUCAUGUGUGAACUGACAUAGUGUCUCACCUGGCUUGGAAUUGUGAUUUGAGUUUCUUGAUGGUACAUGAUAGAUACUUGCACUAUAUAUCACACUAUUAGCAUUCUUAUCAAGCUAGCUCCUUGUACACAGGUAGUAAGAAAACAAAUAUCUUUGUGGGUGUCACCAGGAAGCACCUGAGGUUUAUUUGGUAGUAAGUCCCUCCAAGUUUGAUGGGGCUGAAUCCCAAGUUAAGCAUAUGUAGGAUUGUGGCUUUAGGAUACUUACAUGUUUCCAUUUAGGGUGAGGAGCAGUUCUGCUGGGUUAAAAAUAAUAGUUCAUACCCAGCAGUCAACUUUAAUAAAGUCUUAUGGGUAGCUUGCCUUCAGCUUCACAGCUCUUUGGGGGAUAUUUGCGUCACCUUACCUCAUUAGAUCAAGGUAAAAGGUAACUGAUUUAGAAAUACAGCCCCAAGCAUAGCACCAAAGUAUCCCCAGGGACUGUAAGCCUCCCUAAUUACAUAACUUUUAAGGAGUAGGAGAAGUGUUGGGGCAUAACUCAUUUCACUACCACGAGCAGGGAGGUGGCCACAAGUCUAGGCAGAUGGAACCAUAGGUGAGAAAAGUCCGAGGAGGGGAGAGGUCUAAAUUGCCGUUUGCCAUAAUGGUCCAGUGGAACCUUCUUGUAUUUCAGAAUACCGAACACUGGAUACCCCUGACAGAGGGUGACCAAAACUCAGGGGCUUGUCAGAGGCACCUGGCUGGUUGUUGUUGGGAAGAUGGAUGCUAGGCUGGAUGGACCUUUGCAUUGGUCCUGCAGGGGUUUUCUCUUUAUUGUUGGUGUUGGGCUGCCUCAUUUUCUCUCCUAGGUUUGGGCUACAUGCUUAGCAAGCCAGAAGACAGUUUGGUGCCCUCAGAGCCCUUGUUAUUGAUGGUGGGGGGCUGCAUGUGCCACUUGAGUUGUAUAUCCCUGCACAUAUCUGUGCCCGAACAUGUACACAUUAUCUCAAGGUACUCACUAAAGUAUAUGUUUCCAUUCCACAGGACGUAACUGUGUGGGGCAGAGCAGUCUUACCUCUUUCACCCCCCAGUCAGGGAAGCAAGGAGAAGCUGCCUCCAUUCUCUCCCCAGCCCAACAUCACUUGUAGCAGCUGCUUUGGAAAACAUCCAACAUCUGCUGCGUUUUGGUCAGAGGGAGAAGGCAGUGUAGCAGCUCCAUUGCCUACUGGCUGGUGGGUGUUCUCUCUCUCACUCUCGCACACGCACACCCUCCAAUACUUUCUUUACAAGACGUUUUCUUUGCCUAUUCUUGUACCUGUAUCUCUUAAAAUCCUCAGUCCUGUCCCAUGAAAGCAUGGCCAUCUCCAAAUGGGCAGGUGCUGUGGGGAGAGGGUAUCAUUGCAAGAGGCAGAUGGCUCACAGAAGGUGAUUCCCCUGCUCCCCGUUCCUGAGAGAGCACUCCGCUUUGCUGGUUUAACUCCAUGUUGCAUCAGGAAAUGUAUGAUAGGAAUGGGGGCAGAGGGGGCAUUUUCAGGGGAGAAGUGGCAGGGAGGUCUUAAGCCAUCCCCUGCCCACCUAUUUCCCCCUCUUCCAGCCAUCUCCACCGCUACCACCACCUCUAUUUUGACCACAACCAGGCAAUGGGGAAAGGUGGGAGGUAGUGCCAGGCGAUACAAGGGGGCAACACUUCCCAUCUGCUAUUUUGUCCCUUAAAAUGCCUCACUCUUCAUACGCAUUCAGGAAAUUAGGGUUGGGAACCUGUCUUUGGUGACAUUUCCCACCCGUGGCAAUCUUGGCUAAAUUUAUUGGCCCAUCUCUAAGAGAUGGCAGUGUGUUUGCAGUAACAAGUUUGCUGUGUAGAAAGGCCUCCUGAGGUGUACGCGGCACAUGCUUGUGCCAGGUAGCGAGGUUUCUCCAUUUUGCCUGGCACUUUCUACCCACCUGUGGCUCCAUUGUCAUCUUCAGCUGGGACGACAGCUGGUGCAGGUGCAACACAGCCCUUGUGUGGUUUGAACAAAAUGUACAAAGGGACAAUUUGCUGGAUAGCAGCAGUGCUGAUUCCAGAGUUCAGCAAAUGCCUCUUUUGUUACCUUAGAUCAUGUUUGUACUGCUUUUCUCUGAUAAUAAAAGUCUAUAUUUCAACUAGA